AACGUGCAGUAUGGCGGACGAUGGGGACGGCAGCAGCGGAGUAGCUGACACAAGUGGCGGGCAGGGCACAACAACAGAGGAGCUGGAUUCAGUGCCCGGUGUCGGCGGCAUGCUGCUCAAUCUGGGCUUGUUCGUUCUGUUUCUAGCCGCUUGCUAUGGCGUGUACCGGCGCUGGUUGAGGAGGUCAGGCCCAGAUGGAGCCCGGGAAGACAAGGCCUCGGCUUUGCCCAAAAUGGGCCGGCGGGACUUCACUAUGGAGCAGCUGCGGGAGUACGACGGCGUCCAGAACCCGCGCAUACUCAUGGCUGUCAACAUGAAAGUGUUCGACGUGACCAGCGGCAAGAAGUUCUACGGGCGCGAGGGACCAUACGGGAUCUUUGCCGGUCGGGACGCCACCCGUGGUUUGGCCACGUUCUGCCUGGAGAAAGAUGCACUACGAGACGAAUACGACGACCUGUCUGAUCUCAACGCCGUUCAGAUGGAGAGCGUCAGAGAGUGGGAGAUGCAGUUCAUGGAAAAAUACGACUACGUGGGUCGCCUGCUGAAGCCGGGCGACGAGCCGUCGGAAUACACGGACGAGGAGGACAUCAAGGACCAUCUGAAACACGACUAAAGUGACCAAAGCCUGAGACUCGGAACGCUAGCAUCCAGCCGAUUUGCCCGUCGACGCCCAAAAACCCUGUUCAGCCCAACAACUCGAUCCUAUUGGACUAACGGAGCAGAAUACGAACCCGCUCCAGCAUUAAAGCCCCCGGCCGGAAGCACCCGGGAGCGACGGCGCCGUUGAAGUGGUGGCUCAGGUGUAGUUCCAGGGCGGCAGUGGUGCUGUCUCGCGACCUGAUUGGAGCAUUAAAUCUGUACCGUACUUGCCUCCAGGUGUCCCUUUAUAAACUAGUCCCGCUAUAAACUAGUCCAUGCCUUCCUGUGUGUGUUAUAGAGCUUCUCGGUCCCGGCGGAGGUGCGCAUUCUCCUCGGUUUCUCCACGGCUCCAAAACACCCGGUUCGACCCGUCAGCCGAAUAGUAACCCGCCUGAACUGUGCUGAAGCAGGAAAUCCAAAAUAAAUAAAAGCUUUUUUUCCAGGAGUUUGAUACAGAGCACGUUUUGGUUUCUGCUUUAUUGUUUAACACCGUUUAUGCUUCUGUUCCACCCCAGUUUACAGAAAUGUAUGAGGAUGAGCGUACUGGUCUCCUGUCACCGUAAACACUGGGGCAAACCUGUACCCCAUAUACCAUGCAUAUCAAUGUAGGACUGAAGGAAUGAAACGUCACGAUCGUUUGCCACGUCACUGCUCGGAAACCACGUUAAGAAAAGCUCCGACUGCUAUAAGAGGGAGAGAGAGAGAGGGUGAAAUGGAGCUGGUUACGCCGUUACACACCUUGUUUUUAAACUGGCAAGUCGGGUUCAAAUGGUGGGAUUGUGUGGGGUGAGCGGUCCUGUUUAGCCUUAAUGUGGGUAUUUUUGUGCGUCAGUCUGAUUGUAUGGAGGUUUAAGGGGAAUAGCAGAGGUAUAGCGGUUUCAGAAAAGCCAAAAUCAGCAAUCAAUACGGCCAAAAGUAUGUGGACACCCCCACCUAAUUCCUGACUUUCGGGUGUUCCAGCCACACCUAUCGCUAAAUAAAUGUAAAUAACAUGGUUAUAACUUUGUGGCUAUUUCUAGUCCAGCUUGUCUGUAUUGAUGUGUGCAAAUCCAGCUCCAUAAAGACCGGGUUUGUUAAAUUUGGGUUCGAAUGGACUCCGCCUGACCUCUGAAAGGCACUUUGAACUAAACAGGCACAGAGUCCCACUUGGUGAAGACUGGGCCGGUUCUUAAACGCCACCCGGGGUUUCGGAACGGGAUGUUGUACAGGCUCGUGGUCAGAUCAAUAGAGUAGAGAGAUAGAUGGAUGGUUAUUUGAGCAAAGCUACAGUUGAGGCUACAUGGCCACUAUAUUGGUCACUAUAUUGGUCUUAAUGGUUCUCAGUUGGUCUUAGGAGGGGAAUUUAAUACUGAGAGUUCAAGGCUCUUUAUCGUUAAGCUGUGUUACCACCACCGGGCGCUAACGUUGGGCCCUCUGAGCAAGGCUUAAUCCCAGGUUGCCUGGUUCGUAUCCUGUUUUAGCUGCACAUUGUUCUCACUGGCAAAUUGAAGUCGGAAAUGUUGGAUGGGACUGAUUUCAGAGCUGCACCGUUCAGACAUUAUUUAGGUGUUUUAAAUGCUUCUCUUACUUUUUAGUCAUGACCUGCCAUCCAUCCAUCUAAUCUAGCUUUGUCCAGAACGAACCAGAAUACAUUUACAUUAAAAGUUAAAGAAAAAACAGAUUGUAUGGUCCAAAACUGAACAACUGGCAACCUUGGGUCUUGAGCUUGAAAUGCUGUAGUGGUAAAAUCAAAUCCUGAUUCUGUUAUAUAUACAGUCACUUAAAUCCUGUGCUCUCCUGAUUUAUAACGGUACGAGCGCCCUGUACGUUUGGCAAUAGGAGACCGUCGGUGUCGAGGUGGCUGCACCGCUGUUUAUUCAUCCGGCUUCAGAAACUAAACUAAAGGGAAAAUCAGCAUCCAGGCACUUCAAUCAGUUCACUCACUUUAGAUAACCUGAGAGAUGGAAAUUCUCGCCCACCGCAGUAACAAUCUGUGCCUUAUUUGUCGUGUUAAAAAAACAGGAAACUCCUAAAUGGCAAUAUGGGAUAAAAUCGAGUGAGGAACAGGAUGACACAAUUUGGGAAUGGGAUUGGUUCUUAAAUGCUUUACCGCUGAUGGUCGAUGAUAGAAACCUGAGAGUGGUGGAAGUUUGGGGCCACUGAGCAUGAAGUUAUACUUCAGUGAUCAUUCUUUAUGGAAGGAACUUGAGUCGAUUUAUUUGGGGAAACGUAUGUUCUGGUAUGUUCUGGGAGAGGAAAAUCAUAUUUAAAGAGUAAUAUUGUGAGACCAAAGUAAUAAUAAUAAUUAGUGUAAAAUUCUAUAAUUAGGUGGAGAACGUGCCACUUCUGAUUUAUGGGAACAAAGUCUUAAUAUAUUGUAGAUUAAUAAGUUGUCGGAUUUACUAUUAUAUAUAUAUUUACUAUUAUAUCUCCUGGGAUCCCCCAGGAGAGGAGGACGAAUUGACUACGCUAAAUUGGGAGAAAGUGACCGAGAAAAUGCAUCAAUAAAAUAGAAAAAAAAAAAAAAAAUCCUUAUUGGGAGAUGGAAGUUCUAGUAUUACGAGUUCUGAUAUUAAGACGACUCAAUAUUUAAAGAAAAAAGUCAAAAGUAUUGAUUGAUAAGACAAAUCGGAUAUAGGCAUAACUAAAUGGAGCUGGAUUCUUCAGAAUAUAGCCGUAAUUAUUUAAGAAUGAUGCAGUUUUCAAAAAUAAUCGGUUUAUUUUUGAGUAUUUGCGAUUUUUCCUUAAAUAUUAAACUUUGUAAUGUAUUAUGCAAUCUUCCUCUCAGAACACUUUCCCAUCAAGUACCACCCAUCACAAUCUCUUCUUUUUUUUAACAAUACCCUCCCUUCCUGAAACCUUUGUACCCUUGCGAUCAGAUCUUCACUUGUAAAAUGCUCAGACGGCGAUACGAGGCAUGCUGCAGGCACAACACCCCCCUCUCCCCACCUGGCUGCCACCUUGUACAUAGACUUUGGGAAAGUUUUCAGUGUUACUGCCACGUCGCUGUAGUUAAUGGACUCUGUGUACUGUGUUGUAUCGGCCAUAAACCUGUUCUAUCAUUCAUUCUCUUGAUUUCGUUGGUUUUGUUUUCCUGCUGCAGUUCUUUAUUUGUACGUGUGUGUGUGUGUGUAUGUGUGUGUAUGUGUGUGUGUGUGUGUGUGUGUGUGUGUGUGUGGAAGAAACAGUAUACGAGCUUUUCGGGAGCGCAUACGAGCGCAUGGUCGUCGACGUCGAAUCACUUUUUGUUGUUGAAUAUUUUCGGGAUUGAAAGGGGGGGGGGUUGGUUUCUGUAAAUAUGUGCAUCAUUUUAUUAAAGCAUGUUCAGCAUAACCAUGAGCUGAUGAGGUUUCUGCCCAUGUGACAUAUUUAAUUGUCGGGACUGUGUGAGCGAGCGAAAGGACGAGAGACGUGACGAUGCUUAAACAAAUAAACUGAUUUGGAUAAUAAAA